UGGCAUUUUCAAAGUUUGUGACGACUUUCACCAUGAUUCAUUUCAUACUAGCGCUGAAUAUCAGAGGACAAGUGAGACUCCAUCGUUUCUAUUGUUUCACCGACUCAGAACCGGAUGAAGGAGUAACAGGGAAACAAGGAGAACUUGGGAGAAUACCAAAGCCAGUAUUUAGAUUGGAAGGCAGUGCAAGCAAAUCAACUGCUUCCUAUCCUUUGGUCGUACGACUUGCGCCCAGUGUUAAUGCCGAAAUGACCAAGUCCAAUUCAUCAGAUGACUUUAAGAAAAAGAAAGUAGUAGAACGGACAAAGUCUUGGAACCUAUCACACGCAACCUCAGGUUCGGCUUUGAUAGAUUGGACUUCUGACUCUUCAGAAACGCUUAGCCACUCGGUGCCCACUUCCAAAGUCCUUGCAAAGAACGGAGAAAAGAAACAAUUGUCGGAAGAUAGUGUCGACUUGAUUGGUUUGUGGGCAUCGGACCAGGAACAAGGAAACAACACCCAUCGUUCGCGUUCUUCUAUCAACAACACAGAUAGUAAUCAAUCAAAGAACAACCAUAGAGAACUGGAACGUAGUACUAAGGAAAGUUUAAAGAAGCACUUUAUUUCGUAUCGACUUUCUGCAGACGUGGAAGACAAAAGCCCACUGACUCCUGCCAAGAAAGCCUUUAUCGAUCAAGUAUAUGCUCAAGUGGUUUCCAAAGAUUAUCAAAACUCACCCAAUUUUAUGAGCUUUCAAAAGUAUAAAGUCGUGUUUAGAAGAUACGCAAACCUUUACUUUAUUUUAGGAGUCGAUAGGGACGAUGAUGAAUUUGCCAUGUUGGAGUGGAUACAUUUGUGGAUGGAAGUCUUGGAUGAAUACUUUGGGGAUGCAACUGAGUUGGAUCUAAUGUACAACUUUUAUAAAUGUUAUAUUAUACUUGAUGAAAUGAUUUGUGGUGGAAACAUAAUAGAAACUUCGAAAGACGUAAUACUUACUCGACUAGCUCAACUUGAGAAGUUGGAGAAGUAAGAGAAUAGUUAUCUUUAUCAGUGGAGUUAUUGGUUUCUCAUAUGGUUGAACACUCCAACAAGUAUCAUAUCGUUACCAACAAGAGUUGCUUGUCUCCACUGAAAUUUUGUUUGUUGCGUAGCGUUGUGUGGAUAGUGAGUGCUUGGAAGUCCGUCUACCAGGAACAAUGGACAUACCGUAAGAACCAACAGAUCAAUCAGAGAGGGCUGAAGCACAAGAGAGCGAAUGAUUUGUGCUCCUCCUUCCACCAACACACUAGGACAAGAUUUUUGAUGAUUAUCGUCCCCCAAGUGAUAGUGCCACUUUAGUUGUCGAAAGAUAUAUUCUAGACAGAGUCCAUGACUAGUGGUAGAUAGUGGACAGGAGAAUACUUGUAUUCCAUGUUUUUCAAUUUCUUUUCUUUUUUCAGAUUCAUAGGCGGCUUCACUAGUAAACAAAAGAGGUCUACUAACAGUAUGGUCUCGAAGUAUCAAAGACGACUCCAUAGGUAUCUUUAAGGAAGAAUCCAAUAUCACAGGUAUAGGAGUGGUCGAAAUUUCGGCCUCUUGUGGGCAGUGUUGCGACUUGUUGUUUACUCCAUACCGCACAGUCAGUUGAGGAUUAUCCGUUAUUACAGUGCCUAUACCAACCAGUAUGUAUUCAUGACAGGCUCUGAGUUGAUGGGUAAAUAUAGUGCUUUGUAAACAA